UCGAUGUCAUUAAAAAUAAUAUAUAAUGAAUUAAAAAUAUAUAAUAUCGAUAUCAACGAUAGAUCGUUCUUCUCAUUCACGAUUCGAAAGAUAGAUAGAUAGAGAUAGAUAAUUAGAGAGGAGAGAGAGAGAGUGAGAGUGAGAGAGAGAGAGAAAGAGAGAGAGAGAGAGAGAAAUCUGAAGGAUAGAUCUUUUUUGGAUCAAAUUCAAAAACUCAUGGAAAUGGUUUGAAAAUAACGGAGAAGGAGACGUAUCGUUUCGUUGUAAGGAAAUGGAAAAUUCAGAGGAAGAAGAGGACGACGAAGAAGAAGAAGAAGAAGAAGAAGGAGAUGCAAAAGACGAGGAGAAACGUGAUAAAAAGUAUUUAAAGUUAGAUAAAGAUCAUAAUAAAUCAGGAGGACGAUAUAAACAUGGCAGGUUCGCGUGUCGAUUCGAAUCUUGAAAUGGAUAAUAAAGGAACUUUGACCUUUCCAAGGGAAAGCAAUUACGAUGACAAUGAGAAAGAAUCAAAACGUGAUUCUUUUGGUGAAGUUAACGACAAGAGAAUGGUUCAGGAUGAUAGGGAGAAAGUUCACUUAUCGAAUUGUAACGACUCCGAAAGAAUUCGAAAAGUUUCGAUGGUCUUACGUGAUGGAAGGUAUGAGAAGGAUGAGAUUCUUGAUUGCGAGAAGUCAAAGGGCGGUGAAAAAAUUUUAUUCGAGGCCGAUCGAAGAUCAUCGAAAUUCCAACGGCAGAUUUGUGGUUUGCGAAAGGAGGAAAGAAUAGUAACGACGGCAACCAUAGAAGACAGAACGAUAAAUGAAAGGUCGAUCAAUGGGAACGAUCGAGGAAAGAAUCUCGAUAUUCAGGAUUUAACAGAGUGUUCUGUUAAAGAGAGAAAUCUGAUCGGGAGGAAAGUGGAGAAUCAUCGAACGUUCAAAGAAUCUACUCGAGAAAGGAUCAACGUGAAAGAAUCUUCUAUGAGGAAUCGAGUUUCGUCUGUUAAAAGGACGAAAUCUAAGAUCGAUAAAGAUAUCGAAUCUCAUCCACCUUUAUUUUCUUCUACAUCUUUUUCCUCUUAUUCGGAUAAAGAAAGGAGGAAUAUAAGGAAAUGUCAAAAUUGUGGUGAGCAACAUUACACAUAUGGUCGAUACUCGUAUCUUAAUAAGUAUUCGACUUAUUUUGAGGGUGAUUUAGGUACUUACGAAAGGCAUGAAACCUCGGCGAAGGUUAUCUUAACUAAUACCGCUCCAGUACGUGGUCCUGAUUCAAGAUUAGAGACGCCAGUAACAUCUUUGCUGUAUCGUAGCAGAUCACUCCCAAGAUUGUCCGUACACGACAGCGGUGUCGGAUGCAGUGCUAAUGAACAGACAGUACCUGGUCCAGGUCAACAUGGUACGAAACAGCUGGUAGCCGAUUUGAGGCAGCUGUUGACGUUAAAGCAACAUUACUAUCCAGAAGGUGGUUGGGGUUGGCUCGUCAUACUAGUAGGAAUGUUGGUUCAAAUUCUCUCCCAUGGGACACAGGGUGCUGUUGGUAUAUUUAUUCAGCAUGUAGCCAAUCGAUUUGGUCAUCACGUUUAUUUUGAGUCAGGAUGGUUAGGUGCUAUGUCCACUGGUGUAGCCUUGCUGGUGUCACCCGUUACUAUAGCCUUUUGUAGAAGAAAAAGCACCAGAGUUACGGCCGUUUUAGGUGGCCUCGUUACGGCACUCGGUUGCCUCUUCACGUCCUUCGCCUCGCAAUUUCAUCAAUUGUUCUUCAGUUAUGGUACCAUGGUGGGAAUAGGUGUGAGUAUGACAAGAGAUUGCAGUACGCUAAUGGUAGCACAAUAUUUCAAACGAAGAAGAGAACUCGUUGAGAUAUUCAUCGUCUCUGGAAGUGGUUUGGGUAUAGCAGUCAUGUCGGCCUUUAUAAAAGGUGCCAUUAGCAAGAUAGGAUGGCGAUUGGGUCUUCAAGCGGUUACCGGUGUCGUUUUUCUCACCUUCAUAUUAGGAACAUUUUAUCGAAGCGCUUCUUUAUAUCAUCCUCAACGUCGAGCAAUAUUACAUUUGAAGAAUCAAAAGAGAAAGAUCAAGGACAAGAAUAAAACGGACGAUAGACCGGCGUUCUUUGAUUUUAGCACCCUCAAAAGUAAAACCGUUAGGAUAUUAUUGGUUUCAACGGGGAUAUCGGCUUUUGGAAUAAACACGCCGAUUUUUUAUCUGGCGCAUCAAGCGGAGGAGGAGGGCCUUGGGGACACCGUUGUCUUGCUUCAAGCUUAUCUCGGAUUGGCUUGGACACUUGGCUGUGUGGCCUUCGGUCUUUUGGUCGUUCAUCGGAACGUCGAGUGCAGAAUUGCAAGGCAGUAUCUCACACAGGCUGCUGUCUUCGUAUGCGGGCUUUGCAUCCUUGCUCUCACUGCUGUUCAAGGAAAUUAUCAUGGAUAUGUUAUGUUCACAUGGAUUUACGGGAUCUUUUGUGGUGGCUAUCAUUACAGUCUGAAAAUGUAUACGUACGAAAGGGUAAGAGCAAGGAAUUUUGCCAGAACUUGGGGCUUCGUUCAAUGCUCUCAAGCGAUACCGAUCGCCAUUGGUGUGCCAAUAUCUGGAUAUAUAAAUGUUGGUUGUGGUGGUAAAGCAGGUUACUACUUUAGCUCGACUUGCGUUUUAGUCGGCAGUUUCACUCUAUUCUUCAUAGAUCUCCAUAGGCGAAACUUGUCGAAACACAAACAUACCAGAGCAAAUGGUAGCAAGCAUUUAUGUGUUCUUGGUAAUUGUCCUCAACAACGGAGACCGUCCUUUAGUCAGGAACCCGAAAACGAUGGGACACAUGUGGCAGCUGCUGGUGCAGCUGCUGCUGCCCUUGUUCUUGGAGCUGAACUUGGACCAGCACCUGGUGACAUAAUAGAUGCAUUAGGAGCAGAGAAGCCCGAACUGACGUGUAUUUCCGAGGAGGGUAUAGCCGAUAUGGAUCUACCAGAUAAUCUUCUUGACGAUCUCGAUUAUAUCGGUGAUUGUAUAACCUCGUGCAACAAGGUUGAGAACUACCUCAUGCUCUCAGAAUUUGAAAACAAUCUGAUCGCCGAGAUGCCAAUUAUUAUGGACCGGCGAGGUCGCAGAUGGUCCUUGGCACGAUCCAAGGCCGGUCAAACGACUAUUUGUGGUCAACAAACGGUUGGAACUAAUGCAGUGGCAGGAAACUCAUCGAUUCAGGAGGAAGAUUCGAACGAAACGAACGCCGUCAAGUGGCACCUUGGAAGUCAGCCUACCAACGCUAAUAGUCGAACGAUUACGGUCAUUGACGAAGCGAGUACGUAAUUUCAAGGGCGAAAGGGUUUCUCGCGUUCGACGUUAACAAAAAAAAAAAAAAAAAAAAAAAAGAAGAAGAAGAAAAAGAAAGAAAGAAAAGAAGUAGAAGAAAAAGUUAUCCUGAAAAGGAAAAAGAUAAUUUAGUAAUAACGAGAAAGGAACGAAUUUUUUGUAUGAGACAAUUUCGAUUCGUUGAUGAUGAUGAUGAUGAUGAUGAUGAUGAUGAUAGUGGUGGUGAUGAUGGUCGCGAAAGAAGUAUAAUCUACUCGAGACGAAGAGACAAAGAAAAAUUAAAAAACAAUGAGAAGAAGCAACAACAACAACAACAAAAAUGACAAACAUAUAAGAAAAGAGGAAAAAAGAAGAAUGGUGAUAAUUUUUUUAAACAAAAUCGUAACAAUCCGACCGCGGCACUGCCUUUCCGAUAUAAACAUACGAUAACAAUCGAUGAUUAGCUUCUUUUUUCUCCUCUUAUUGAAUACGUUUUUACGUUAAUAAAUUUAAUAUUAAGCGAUAAAAAGAAAGAAAAAAAAGAGAGAGAGAGAGAGAGAGAGAGAGAGAGAGAAGAAAUAAAGAAAGUGAUCGUAAACGUUGAUCGUCUCGAAAAAAAAAUAUCCAAUCGCGACGUUCGAAUUCGCGACGUAAUUAAGGACAAUAACGUCGGCUAUCGGCGAGAGAGGAACCACGGAAACACGCUCCGUCCAUCAUGGAUUCAAAAAAAAAAAAAAAAAAAAAUAAAAAGAAAGAAAGAAAGAAAGAAAAAAGAAAAUACACGACUCCUGUCGACGUACACAUUACUAUUUCUUCGGUUUUUAAAAAUUACAUCAAGAUUUUUGAAAACUUAUUAAUAGAUCUUACGAAAUAACGCUUAAUACGUAGGCACGCUAGCUAAAGAUUUUUAAACUAGUCUAUGCGAUCGAAAGAUCUAUGCGAAUAUUGAAAUAAUACGAUAUAUAUAUAUAUAUAUAUAUAUAUAUAAUUAUAAAAAAAAUAUAUAAUAUAAUAUGUUCUAAUAAAAAAAAAAAAAAAAACGUGAUUAUAUAUUAUUAUAUUAUUAUUAUGCAAAAUGUAACGUACACGUUAGUAAUGAACAAUUCAAGAGAUAAUAAUAUAGGUAUGUAUCUAUUUAUUUAUCGCAAUAUUUAUGAUUAGAAUGUACAUAUAUAUAUAUAUAUAAAAAUAUAUAUAUUACAUACAUACAAUAUAAAAUAUAAAAAUAUAGGUGCCAUGUAUGUAAACGAUUAUUAUAUACGUAUGCGAGUACAAUUCAGCGUUCAAGGCUGUUAAGAUCAUUCGGUCUUACGAUAAUGAAUAGCUGAAAAAUAGUAGAAAAUUUAUAAUUACGUAAUUAUGUGUGUAUGCAGGGUGGUUAUGCUAAAAUUGUCGAUAUUUCCAAAUACGCUUAUGCUGUAAUCAAGUUCAACGAAAAAUACAGGACGAUUCGUCGUUAAUGUUUGCUAGGUCUCCUUUAAAAAAAAAAAUUAUUAAUUAAACAGUUAUACUAUAGCUGUUCUUAACGUUUGUUAUAGUGUAAGAAAUGUCGAAUGCUUCAUUCAAAAUUUCGAACAUUUUUGACGACUUCGAUUAUCGAAACAAUCUUCGAGCGCCAUCCAACGACAAAACGUCAAAGUUCUUUUAGAAAACUGCGCCCCUGGUAAUAGGCUACAUUUGUCUAGAAAAUAUCUACCGAAAAUAUUAAUUUGUAAACAAUUUCUUUCCUGUUUUUUUUUUUUCUUUUUUUUUUUUCUUUUUUCUUUUUUUUUCGUUUUCUUUUUAUAAUAACCAAAUUUUAUAACACAAUGGGAAAUUAUAUUGUCAUGCAAAAGUAACUUUACGAAUAAGAAAAAAAUAAAACAGGAAAAGAUAAAAGAACAAAUAACCAUUACAAUAUCUAAAAAAUAGAAAAACCUUGAUAAAAUCCAGUAAAAAUAUUUGAUCGUAUUUGAAAAUAAAGUAUUUGUAUGUAUAUAUCAGGGAGACCUUCAAAAAACUUCAAAUAUUGUAUUAAUUAUUAACAUUGAUUUAGUUAUUAUAAAAGUAUCUUUUCACUCUGUAAUACAAAUCGUUAUAUAUCUUUUUCCUGUUUUUCUUUCACAUUAAAUAUACAUUAAAACCGUAAGUAUACGCGAUAA